UUUGCUUUCCCCAAACCCCACUGCCUCCCUCCCUGCUUUUGCUCUUCUCUUCACUGCCGCUACACCUCGACAUCAAUCCCUUCCCCCAAACCCAAGUCCAAAUCCAAAUCCAAAUCCAUGGAUCGGUCGAUCUAGGGUUUGCCUCCUCCCCCUCCGGCCGAAAUCAAGCCAAGCCAAGCCAAGGCAAGGCAAGCCAGGGUGAAAAAGCAAGAAACCUUGUUGAGCGAGAAAGUUCCGUCCUUUCCUUCUUCCCUCCCGGCCGUCGGCCGCGGGCGGGAUGGCCUCCUCCUCCGGGAGGCGGCCGGGCGCGGGCCCCGGCCCAGGCGGCGGCGGCGGCGGGGAGCCCUCCUCGUCGGGCGCGGCUUCCACCCCGGCGUCCGGAGGCGGCAGGAGGAUCCUGCGGACGCAGACGGCGGGGAACCUGGGCGAGUCCAUCUUCGACAGCGAGGUAGUGCCCUCCUCGCUGGUGGAGAUCGCCCCCAUCCUCCGUGUCGCCAACGAGGUGGAGGCCAGCAACCCCAGAGUCGCAUACCUAUGUCGAUUCUACGCCUUCGAGAAGGCCCAUCGACUCGACCCCACCUCCAGCGGCCGUGGUGUCCGCCAGUUCAAGACCGCGCUCCUCCAGAGGCUCGAAAGGGAAAACGACCCCACGUUGAAGGGGAGGGUUAAGCAGAGCGAUGCCCGCGAAAUGCAGAGUUUCUACCAGCACUACUACAAAAAGUACAUCCAGGCGCUCCAGAAUGCCGCCGAUAAAGCUGACCGUGCCCAGCUGACAAAGGCGUAUCAGACCGCGGCUGUCCUGUUCGAGGUCCUGAAGGCCGUCAAUGUCUCACAGAAAAUCGAAGUCGAUCAAGCGAUUUUGGAGACGCACAACCAAGUCGAGGAGAAGAAGAAGCUGUAUCUUCCUUACAAUAUCCUCCCGCUCGACCCUGACAGUGCUGCUAACCAGGCUAUUAUGCGAUACCCUGAGAUCCAAGCCUCUUUUCACGCUCUUCGUAACACAAGGGGUCUGCCAUGGCCCAAGGACCACGAAAAGAAGGAUGAUGCGGACCUUCUUGAGUGGCUUCAGGCACUGUUUGGGUUUCAGAAAGAUAACGUGUCCAAUCAACGAGAGCAUCUCAUACUCUUGCUUGCCAACGUGCAUAUAAGGGAGAUGUCCAAGCCUGACCAGCAAUCAAAGGUAGUGCAUUUCCCGACCUGCAUUCAUGUGAGAUGUGCGCACAUGGAUCCUCGAGUAGUAAUGUCAUUUACUUGUUUCUUUUCUGGUGAAAAUUUUCAGUUAGACGACCAUGCGCUAGAUAUAGUAAUGAAGAAGCUCUUCAAGAACUACAAAAGAUGGUGCAAAUACCUUGGCCGCAAAAGCAGCUUGUGGCUGCCGACAAUUCAACAAGAAGUACAACAGCGGAAGCUUCUCUAUAUGGGCCUUUAUCUGCUCAUAUGGGGCGAGGCAGCUAACUUGCGAUUUAUGCCAGAGUGUCUUUGCUACAUCUAUCAUCAUAUGGCUUUUGAAUUGUAUGGCAUGUUGGCUGGAAAUGUGAGCCCAACAACUGGUGAAAAUGUUAAACCAGCCUAUGGUGGUGCCGAAGAAGCCUUCCUGAAGAAAGUUGUGACCCCAAUUUAUAAAAUCAUAGAGAUGGAAGCUGAUAGGAGCAAGACAAUGAAAUCAAAACACUCACAUUGGAGAAAUUAUGAUGAUCUCAAUGAGUACUUUUGGUCAAGAGAUUGUUUUCGGUUAGGAUGGCCUAUGAGGGCUGAUGCUGAUUUUUUCAAGACUCCAAAUUUUGUUCUCAAUGCUCGAGAUCAGACGAAUGGAGAGCACAGACCAGCUGGUAAUGACCAUUGGAUGGGAAAAGUCAACUUUGUUGAAAUACGGUCAUUUUGGCACAUCUUCCGUAGCUUUAACAGGAUGUGGAGCUUCUUAAUUUUAUCCUUACAGGCCAUGGUUAUAGUUGCUUGGAAUGGUGGCACGCCAGGUGACAUCUUUGAUGCAGGAGUGUUCAAACAAGUUUUGAGCAUAUUUAUAACUGCUGCAGUAAUGAAAAUGGGCCAAGCAAUUCUGGACAUUGUCUUGAGCUGGAAAGCAAGAAAAAGCAUGUCUCUUGCUGUUAAACUCCGGUACAUCUUGAAAUUACUAUCAGGAGCUGCAUGGGUUGUAAUUUUACCAGUGACUUACGCAUACACCUCAGACAAUCCCACUGGACUCAAUAGAACAAUCAAAAGCUGGUUUGGUGACGGCCGGAACCAGCCAUCGUUAUACAUCUUGGCUGUUGUGAUAUAUUUGUCACCAAAUAUGCUGGCGGCUACGUUAUUCAUUUUUCCUAUCCUGAGGAGAUUCCUUGAGAAGUCAAAUCUUAAAGUUGUAGCCCUCAUAAUGUGGUGGUCACAGCCUCGCUUAUUCGUUGGCAGAGGAAUGCAUGAAGGUGCAUUCUCCCUUUUCAAGUAUACAAUGUUCUGGGUCAUUCUUUUGGCCACAAAAUUGGUAGUGAGCUUCUACGUGGAGAUCAGGCCACUUGUUCAACCAACAAAAGAUAUAAUGAAGGUGCCAAUAACAACAUUUCAGUGGCACGAGUUCUUCCCACAUGCAAAGAACAACAUCGGUGUCGUCAUUGCACUUUGGGCUCCUAUCAUUCUUGUGUAUUUCAUGGAUACCCAAAUAUGGUAUGCAAUUUUCUCGACAUUAGUUGGUGGUAUCUAUGGGGCAUGUCGUCGUCUUGGUGAGAUACGAACCUUGGGAAUGUUAAGAUCUCGCUUCGAAUCUUUGCCGAAGGCUUUCAACGAUCACUUGAUUCCAAAUGACUCAAAGAGGAGAGGAUUCCGUUCCGCUUUCUCCAGUAAACCUUCUCAGAAACCUGGAGAUGGCAAAGAAGAAGACAAAAUAGCUGCAAGAUUUGCUCAGAUAUGGAAUCUGAUCAUCACAAGCUUCCGCCAGGAAGACUUGAUAGAUAACAGGGAGAAGGACUUGUUACUUGUUCCAUACUGCAAAGAUCGUGAAAUGGAUAUGAUCCAGUGGCCACCAUUCCUGCUUGCUAGCAAGAUUCCAAUAGCAUUGGAUAUGGCAGCAGACAGUGGAGGAAAAGACCGCGAUCUAAAGAAACGGAUGAAUUCAGAUCCAUAUUUCACUUACGCCAUCAAGGAAUGCUAUGCUUCAUUCAAAAACAUAAUAUAUGCUUUAGUGGUUGGUGUACGGGAGCGAGAUGUCAUCCAAAAGAUUUUUAAAGUGGUGGAUGAUCUCGUAGCAGACGAUACUCUGAUAAGGGAUCUGCACAUGAGUAACUUACCUACCCUGAGCAAGAAGUUUAUUGAGCUGCUUGUGAUACUGCAAAAGAAUGACAAAGAUGACCGGGGUCAGGUCAUCAUUUUAUUCCAGGAUAUGCUCGAGGUGGUAACAAGGGAUAUAAUGGAAGAACAACUCACCGAGCUACUAGAACCGGUACAUGGUGGAAAUAAUAGAAAACACGAAGGGAUCACACCACUUGAUCAACAGGAACAGGAACAGUUGUUCACUAAAGCUAUUGAAUUUCCUGUCAAGGCAUCAGAUGCCUGGAAGGAAAAGAUAAAAAGGCUUCACCUUCUGCUCACAGUGAAGGAGUCUGCUAUGGAUGUUCCUACAAACCUGGAUGCUAGAAGGCGGAUAUCUUUCUUUGCUAAUUCUCUUUUUAUGGACAUGCCAAAAGCUCCAAAAGUGCGCAAUAUGCUGCCCUUCUCUGUCUUGACUCCCUAUUACAAAGAAGACGUCCUUUUCUCCUCACAAGCACUAGAGGAGGAGAACGAGGAUGGGGUUUCUAUCCUUUUUUACCUGCAAAAAAUCUACCCAGAUGAGUGGAAAAACUUUCUUGAAAGGGUGGACUGCAAGAAUGAAGAGGAACUCCGUGAGACUGAACAAACGGAAGAUGAGCUUCGCCUUUGGGCAUCAUACAGGGGCCAAACUUUGACGCGAACUGUAAGAGGGAUGAUGUACUACCGACAAGCUUUGGUGCUUCAGUCUUGUCUUGAUAUGGCCCCAGAGAAUGAUCUUAUGGAAGGCUUCAGGGCUGCAGAUAUACUAUCUGAGGAAUCACACUUAUUAACUCAGUCCAAAGCUGUAGCCGACAUGAAGUUUACAUACGUUGUAUCAUGCCAGUCAUACGGUAUCCAGAAACGUUCUGGUGAUCAACGUGCGCAGGAUAUUCUGAGGCUGAUGACAACUUAUCCAUCACUUCGGGUUGCCUAUAUUGACGAAGUCGAGGAGACAAGCAAAGAGGGGGAGGCAAGCAAAGAUAGGAGCAAGAAGAUAGAGAAGGUUUACUACUCAGCGUUGGUGAAGGCGGCAGUAACUAAGCCUGAUGAUCCUGGUCAGAAACUCGAUCAGGACAUUUACAGGAUAAAACUUCCGGGCAAUGCAAUGUUGGGUGAAGGCAAACCAGAAAAUCAGAACCAUGCGAUAAUUUUUACUCGAGGUGAAGGCCUACAAACCAUAGACAUGAAUCAGGAGCAUUAUAUGGAGGAGACAUUGAAAAUGAGAAACCUGCUGCAAGAGUUUACCAAGAAACAUGAUGGUGUGAGGUAUCCAACAAUACUUGGUGUAAGAGAACAUAUAUUCACUGGCAGUGUUUCUUCGCUUGCGUGGUUCAUGUCAAACCAAGAGACAAGUUUUGUGACUAUUGGACAGCGUGUACUUGCCAAUCCUUUAAGGGUUCGAUUUCAUUAUGGACAUCCUGAUAUCUUUGAUCGACUUUUCCAUCUCACGAGGGGCGGUGUAAGCAAAGCAUCUAAGAUUAUUAAUCUUAGUGAGGACAUAUUUGCUGGAUUCAAUUCAACACUGCGUGAAGGAAACGUUACACAUCAUGAAUACAUGCAAGUUGGCAAGGGAAGAGAUGUUGGUCUCAACCAGAUUUCACUAUUCGAGGCGAAAAUAGCGUAUGGUAAUGGCGAGCAGACACUGAGCCGUGACAUCUACCGACUUGGGCAUCGUUUUGAUUUCUUCAGAAUGUUGUCCUGCUACUACACUACCAUCGGCUUUUACUUCAGCACAAUGAUUACGGUAUGGACCGUGUAUGUAUUUCUCUAUGGGCGUCUGUAUCUUGUCCUCAGUGGGCUUGAUGAAGGACUAGCCACUGGAAGAAGGUUUAUACACAACGACCCUCUCCAGGUCGCUCUCGCCUCGCAGUCGUUUGUGCAGCUUGGCUUCUUGAUGGCGCUCCCUAUGAUGAUGGAGAUCGGUCUGGAGAGAGGGUUCAGGACUGCGUUGAGCGACUUUGUGCUCAUGCAGCUUCAGUUAGCGUCUGUCUUCUUCACGUUCUCCCUCGGAACCAAGACUCACUACUACGGAAAGACGCUGCUCCACGGAGGAGCCGAGUACAGAGCCACGGGGCGUGGAUUCGUGGUGUUCCACGCCAAAUUUGCCGAGAACUAUCGACUGUACUCACGGAGCCAUUUCGUCAAGGGCAUUGAGCUGAUGAUCCUGCUUAUCGUGUUUGAGAUCUUCGGGCAGUCGUACCGAGGAGCUAUCGCGUACAUCUUCAUCACCUUCUCCAUGUGGUUCAUGGUUGUCACCUGGCUCUUUGCGCCGUUCCUGUUCAACCCUUCUGGGUUCGAGUGGCAGAAGAUUGUGGACGACUGGACCGACUGGAACAAGUGGAUCAGCAACCGCGGGGGUAUCGGUGUUUCGCCAGACAAAAGCUGGGAGUCAUGGUGGGAAAAAGAGCACGAGCCCCUUAAAUACUCGGGGAAGCGUGGCACCGUUCUUGAGAUAGUGCUGGCGGUGCGCUUCUUCAUCUACCAGUAUGGGCUUGUUUACCAUCUCAACAUAACCAGACACACCAAGAGCGUCCUGGUGUAUUGCUUGUCAUGGGUUGUCAUCUUCUUCAUAUUGCUGGUGAUGAAGGCUGUGUCGGUUGGGAGGCGGAAAUUCAGCGCCGAGUUCCAGCUCGUGUUCCGGCUGCUCAAGGGGCUCAUCUUCAUCGUGUUCAUCUCCACCAUCGUGAUCCUGAUAGUGAUCCCUCACAUGACGAUCCAGGACAUAUUUGUCUGCAUCCUCGCCUUCAUGCCCACAGGAUGGGGCCUGCUCCUGGUGGCUCAGGCGCUGAAGCCUGCGAUCAUGAGCGUGGGGCUGUGGGGGUCGAUCCGGGCGCUGGCUCGUGGGUACGAGAUCAUCAUGGGGCUGCUGCUCUUCACCCCGAUCGCGUUCCUGGCGUGGUUCCCGUUCGUGUCGGAGUUCCAGACCCGGAUGCUCUUCAACCAGGCCUUCAGCCGUGGGCUGCAGAUCUCGAGGAUCCUGGGCGGGCACAAGAAGGACCGGGCAGCGCGGAGCAAGGACGAUAGGUAGAUAGAUUAUUGCUCUAGUAGCUAGUAAGAUAGGAUGAUGAUUGCCUGCUUGCUUGCUUGCUUGCUGUAGAAUAUAUAUAUAUAUAUGUAUGCAUGGUAUGGUUUGUAGUUGUAGUAGUAGUAGAGCGAGGAGGUAUGCAUGGUAUAUGCUUAAUUGACCUGAUAUUGGCGAUUAGGAAUUAUUACUGUGGUUCCUGAUUGGUGUGGUGUCUUGCAUGUAAAAAGUUUUUGGCUAGUGUCUCCUUCUCUAGUA